CAGACGUCAGCACGUAGGGUGUCAUGGCGGCGGACAGCGGCAGCUGGUUUCCGGCGUUGGCGGCGGGAGUGUCUCUGUUGAAGUGCCUCUUCAUCAACGCUUAUCGGUCGACGGACUUUGAGGUGCACAGGAACUGGUUGGCCAUCACGCACAGCCUGCCCGUGUCGCGGUGGUACUAUGAGAACACGUCCGAGUGGACCCUGGACUACCCGCCGCUGUUCGCCUGGUUCGAGUUCGGUCUGUCCCACGUGGCGCGGCACUUUGACGGAAACAUGCUGCAGGUGGAGAACCUGAACUACGCCAGCCCGUCCACGGUGCUGUUCCAGAGGCUGUCGGUGAUCGUCAGCGACGUGGUGUUCAUCUGCGCUGCCAGAGAGUGCUGCAGGCGUGUUCGGGAGCCGAAGGGUCCUCGGGAUGUUUGGAACCGGCCGUCCUUCGUCCUGGCUGUGCUGCUGCUGUGGAACUUUGGCCUCCUCAUCGUUGACCAUAUUCACUUCCAGUAUAACGGCUUCCUGUUUGGCUUCUUGCUGCUGUCGGUGGCCAAACACCUGCAGUCUCAGCACCUGCAGGGGGCGCUGCUCUUCGCCAUCCUGCUCAACCUGAAGCACAUCUACCUGUACGUGGCUCCGGCUUACGGCAUCUACCUGCUGAGGAGUUACUGCUUCACUCAGGACAACAAAGACGGCUCCAUCAGGUGGACGAGUUUCAGCCCGCUGCGCCUGUUGGCUCUGGGUGGCAUCGUGGCGUCCGUCUGCGCUCUGUCCUUCGGCCCGUUCAUCGCCAUGGGGCAGCUCCCUCAGGUCCUCUCCAGGCUCUUCCCCUUUAAGCGGGGCCUCUGUCACGCCUACUGGGCCCCGAACAUCUGGGCGCUCUACAACGUGCUGGACAAAAGCCUGGCGGUGCUCGGUGUUCGCCUGAAGCUGCUGGAGGAGGCGGAGCUUCCUCAGGCCUCCAUGACGGGCGGGCUGGUUCAGGAGUUUGAGCACGCCGUCCUCCCCUCGGUUUCUCCCUCCAUCACACUCGUCUGCACUCUGCUGUCCGUCCUGCCGGCGGCGGCGUCCAUCUGGCUCCGUCCUCGCGGCGCUCGGGGCUUCCUGCGCUGCCUGGUGCUCUGUGCUCUGGGCUCCUUCAUGUUCGGCUGGCACGUCCACGAGAAGGCCAUCCUCAUCGCCAUCCUUCCUCUCAGCAUCCUGGCGGUUGAGAACAGAGAGGAUGCUGGGAUCUUCCUGAUCCUGAGCACCACAGGUCAUUACUCCCUGUUCCCGCUGCUCUUCACCCCUGCAGAGCUGCCCAUCAAAGUGACUCUCAUGCUGAUGUUCACCAUCUUCUCCUUCGCUGCUCUCAGGAAGCUCCACAGUGCUCAGGGGUCUCUGCUCCAUCCUCUGGAGCUUGUCUAUCUUCUGGGCUUGGUUGCCGUGGCGAUAGGCUGUGAGGUUGUCUUGCCUCUGUCGCCGUGGCAGCAGAGGCUGCCCUUCCUGCCCCUCCUGAUGACGUCGGUGUACUGCGCCGCGGGCGUCUUCUACGCCUUCCUGCGUCUGUACGCCCGCCUGCUGCGGCGGAACAAACCCAAACAGCUGUGACACAUCACCAACACACCCACACCGUCUGCCACCACCUGCCUCUGAGCAAGGCAUCAACACGUCUGCUCCCUGCUGAGGAGGGGCCGCUGUCACAGGAAGUAGCUGCAGAUCAGCUGAAGGUGCAGCAGGAGGCGCUCUGAGAUGGUCUUUAGUGAGCAAAUGGAGCUAAAAAAGAAUGAUUUCCUCCUGCUUCAUCAAUCCAGAAGAAGCAGCUGGUUGAGGUGCUGCUGCCAUAAAAUGGCUUGUGCUGCUGUGACGUCCCCGACACUCUCAGAAAGGUGAAACCUCUGAGAGUGGAGCUGUGUCUACUGUCUCGAUGAACAUUCACAGAAGAAAAACAUUUUCCCCACAAAAUGAUGUACGCCUCCAUAGACCCCCAUUCAUUCUGCACCAGCUCGAGAGCGCCCCCUGUGGAACAGGAAGAACAGAGAGAGGGAGUUCAUGACUACAUGAGAGGUUUUUGAGGUUCACUGAGGAAAAAAUCUACAAAUAGAUCUGAGAUCAUCAUCAUCGAACCCUCCACAUGGAGCAUGGAUGACCCCCCCCCCUUAAAGAGUUCUCAAUGUGGUAGUGAUGCCUCCUUCCUUCUCACUGAUGCAUGCUGGGAUAGACUCCAGCCUCCUGAGUGGAAGGUGCAUCCUUAUGAAGUGUGGGAGCAGAAAGAAGCUGAACUUUGACCUCAGAGAGACUAAAAUAUGAUGAGAGCAAACUGUCAUAGCUGCGGGAAAAAACUGGACUCCGCCCAAAACUAGCAGGAAGGACUUGAGUGGCAGUGAGAGUCGUGUUGUUGAUCAUACUUUGUGGACCAAAACUUAACAAAAAACUAUUUUCAGAUGUUUCUUUUUCUGUAUUUCUAAAUAAAAAG